AUGUGUGACGACGACGUAGCAGCACUUGUUAUUGACAAUGGAAGUGGUAUGUGUAAAGCUGGUUUUGCUGGUGAUGAUGCACCACGUGCAGUAUUUCCAUCAAUUGUUGGUCGACCACGUCAUCAAGGUGUUAUGGUUGGUAUGGGACAAAAAGAUUCGUAUGUUGGUGAUGAAGCUCAAUCAAAACGUGGUAUAUUAACAUUAA